GCCUCUGCAUGGUGUACUGCUGCCGGGUGAGAGCCAGCGGGUCAUGUUCACUUUCUUUGCCCAUGCGAACAUCGUCGCCCGCGUCAUGGCUCUGUGCAGGGUGGAGGGAGGCCCCACCUACGAGGUUGCACUGAGUGGGGAGGCUUCCCUUAUCAACUCCGUCCUGGACAACGCAGAGAUUGACUACGGCCUACAGGUACCACACGCUUGUCUUGGCAGGAGUCCUGAAACCAUCACCGGGUCGGGGUGCGGAGUCUGCACAGCAGCCGAGCCCGGUGCCAGCGGGAUGUCAGCCCCACCAGACAAGCCGCACGACAUCCUGAAGAGCUAUGCGGAAAGCCUGCUGCGGACCCAGCCAGAGGAGUGGAGGAAGUUCGAGGGCAAUGAGGAGGCUGCAGCCACGCUGGAUGAGUUCUUCCAGCAGCCGGACGUGCAGGAGUUGGUGCUGGGGCGGGAUCCCACCGGGCAGCUCCAGGCAACCACCCAUUUCCCACCCACCCUCGAGAGCAAGGCCGUCUACUUUGUGAAGAAGAAGAGGGAGAAGAUCACCCCAGAGAACUUUCAGAGUGGGGUGAUGGUGGGAGACAUCAGCCCCUCGCCGGUGGAGCAGCUCAUUACCAUGAUGGAGGAGAGAGGCCACAGUCUUCUGGACACACAAGCAGAGCUUCUUAGUGCUGUCCCAGACCUGCUGGAACGUCUCAUCUUCUACUGCUGGUUCUGGAUGUUGCCCCCGUCCAUGGCACGCCCCGGGCUGCUGCAGGCGCCAGGCCCCCUCAGCCGGCGGCUUGGCACGGGCGGGAAGGCGGGAGGACGCGUUACCUUGGCAGAUGGCGAGGAGGCUGUAGGCGGCGAGGUAGCCCUCGGCGUCGUUGCAGAGCUGCAAAGGCUCUGGCGCACAGCUGCCCCACCUGCAGGGCCCCUCCUCAGCCGGGGAGUCAGUCCCGGAGGCGCUCGCCUGCCGCUGGCGGCCGAGCUCGGGGCGGGGCGCUUCGAACACGGGGUUCUGGAUGUCGCCCCCUUCCAUGGCGCUGCGAGGCCCGUAGCUGCCGCCGGCGCUGCCCUAAAGAGCAUGAGGGCGGGCCGGCCCCGACGGGGCAGGUGGUGGCGCUUCUCCUUCCUCCCCGGCCGAGCAGCCCCGCCCCUCCCGGGUUGAGGGAGACCCCGCGGCCUCGCUCCUGCCUCGCGCCGCCCUCAAGCGGUGGCGCCGCGCCCGCCAAGCUGCUGGGACCGGUGGCAACGGCGGCAACCGCGCUCCCGAGUUCGGCUUUAAACUUCCGGUCGCGGGGGGCGUGGGGGUGGUGGUAUCACCGCCGCCCGCCAGGCGCCUCUCCUGGCCACCUGUGCGGGGAAAAAGGAAAUAAAAAACCAAAUAAACAAGUACCUGACAAAAAGCCCUCGUGAAUUUUUCUUCCAGGAAAGCGAAAAAUUCAAGGGGGUGUUUCUAAGUGUUGAAAAAAGUGAAAGGGAUGCUUUUCUCGGGUAGGGCAAUAGGGUACUUUCCCACUUGGUGCAAGUUAGUUGAGUUGGCACAGGACCUGCUCGGCCGUGGAAACCCAUCUCCAACAAAACAAAACAAAAUGAAA